UAAAUAAAUAAAAUUUGAUCUCCCCCUCGCCGUCUCUUCCUUCCCGGCCAUCUCUCUCCCCGGCCGCGAUGGCCCCCACGGCGCCGCCGCCUCCUGCCUCCUCCCUCCAGGCUAUUCUGAGUUCCGUCGAGGGCCUGACCUCCUUCAGCAACCAGCUCGCCGACUUCCUCGACCAGUGGAACUCGCUCCUCCUCGACGCCAACGCCGUCCUCGCCGCCUUGCCCUCGCUUCCGGAACCCGCUGCGGAACCCGUGCCGAAGCCCAUCCCGGUGUUCGAGCUCGGACCCAUUAGCGUGGCUGAGCCCGCGGACUUGCUCCGUCAGUUGAAGUCCGCCCUCGCCGACUCAACCCCCUCCCCCGCCGCCGCCGCCGCGGUACCGGUCGCUGACCUUGUACCGCAAUCAAACCCUAAACCGGAGAGGGAACACAUUGGCGUGCCCGAGCCCCAAGGCCUCCUCGACAAGCGGAGUUCCGUUAUCGUCGACGCCACCUCCAUCCCCGCCGCCGCUAAACCCGUCCCCGCCGCCGCCGCUAAACCCGUCCUGGAACCCGUCCUCCUCUCGGCCGAGGUCGAGACCAAGCGGAAGCCCGAGCCGCAGCCCAAGCCGGCACCCGACCGGGAGCGCAAGGCCGGCGGCUCCCCGGCGGAGGCGGUGCUGGGGAAAAUCUGCGAGGGGAUGGGCUCCCGGGCGCUCCGCCGCUUCGCCACCGCGCACAUGCGGGACCGGGACCGCUCCUGGCUGCGCCGCGUGGCGCCGGCCGCGCUGCUCCGCGCCCCGGACCCCGCGGCGCUCGUCCUCCGCGCCGUCGGCCGGUACUACAUCUGCACCGAGAGCGAGAACGCCGAGGCCGCCUGCCUGCUCCUCCUCGAGCUCUACGUGCGUGCCGGGUGCCCCCGCCGGCAGGAGCACUGGCGUGGGGAGGCGGCGCUGCGGGCGGAGGCCCGUGAGACGGCGCUGUCGUGGCGCAGCCGGAUCGUGAGGGAGAAGGGCCGGGUGGCCGAUGCCAGCACCAGGGACGCCCACGGCCUCAUCCUCUUCAUGGCCGCCUUCGGCGUGCCCGUCGAGUUCCCUGUGCAGGAGCUCUACGAGCUGUUGUUUGCCGGUGGUGGCCUCGCCUGCGCUGAGGUGCUCAAAUGCUCCCUGCUCUUUGCAAGGAAGAUGCGUGAGGUUGUUGCUGAUAGGCUGAACAAGGGAAGUUAUCAGGAAGCAAUUGGUGUGAUCCUUGCAUUUGAACUGCAGGACGCGUUCCCGCUCGCGGGAAUAAUGAGUUACGUUGUCGAGAAGGUUGUGCACAAUAGGAAGGAUCAAGAGGGUGAGGGGCAGCCUAAUUUGGCGGGAACGAAAGAACAUGAUGAAGAGGAGUUGGUUCUAUUGAGAUCGAUAUCCAAAUAUGUGGAGGAGCACACACCAUGUUCCUCAGAUGUUCUUUGUUUGAGUAUUGCUGAGAGGAUUAAGUUGCUAGAAGAACGUGUCGGAAAGCCAAUGCAAGCCGUUAAAGCAAUGAAGAGGAUUUGAACAGCAGAGGACCUAAUGCCCGUAUACUUCAGUUACUCCACCUAGCAAGCAGCACCAUUUCUACCCAAGAGAACCUAACAUCACAUACUCAAAUAGCGUAACUGUCCAAAUUCUGACGUUGAUCCAGCCGCAUUGUGUGGAUCUAUAGGAAGUUUUUCUGGACUCCACUCCAUUAUGGACUGUGAGAGUCCGCCUUAUAGAAUUACCCAUCCUAGAAAGGCACAAAAAAGUAUUACAGUACAAUGUCUUGGUUAAACCUGCUCAUUGCAAGCUUGGCCUAGUUCCUGAACCUAGCAAGCUCACCAAAAUUUCCAUGUUUGGAAGGGGUUUGUUUUUGCCUUUUGGGGAUGGUUCUGAAUUGUGCAUCAUCCUUCCUCUUUUUUCCCCCUUCCAGAACAUCAGUUUGAGUAGUGGACUCAUCAGAAAACUUGGUUUUACUUUCCUUGAGAUAAAUGAAUCAUGACGUGUUAUUCGUA